GACUUUCGGAUAAAGGCUUCGUAGUUUAACUGUACCCCGAACGGCGCACUGUUCAACUCUGCAGUCCACAAAAAGGAGAACCAGCCGAAGAAAGAAGAGGAAAAUUCAAACUUCCUUUCGAUUUUGGUCUCCGAUGCUCUGCUCGGUCUCCGGCGACAAGCCAUCCGGCUCCACCUGGCUCGACCGCCUUCGCUCGAGCAGAGGACUCUCCGGCGCCAACGACGACGAUGCCGGUGAAGCUCAUCUCAGCCUCGACCACUUCCUCCGCCGCAACUACCGCCGCGAACUCGCCGGAGAUCCCCCGAUGAAUGUCGCCUCCGACGAUCCUCCUUCUGCUCCGACUCCGUCUAAUCGGGAGCUAACGGAGAGUCCGAGGGAGGAGGAUGAAAAAUACGGCGGCGAUGGAGAAUGGUACGGCGUGAUGAGCGAUGUUCUGUCGGAGCUCUUCAAUUUCGGCGGUGCUACUCCGUCUUCGACGAUUUCCAGGAAAAAGUUUCGCAGGAAACAACCAAACCCUAGGCAUUGCCCCGUCGAAGCCCCAAACAACUUAGCGGUGAUGAAUCUGGGCGACUCCAAUAUUCUCCCAGGUGUUCGUGAAUUCGCCACGACGUCUCUGAAUUCGGAUAAUAAGAAACCGGCGCCGGAGAAGAGGGAAAGGAGAAGAAGAAUCGUGGAACCCGAGGAGGUGGAGGAGGAAGAAAAGGGAGAGAGGGAUUUAGUUGGGUACUCGAGGAGCGAAGUGACAGUGAUUGAUACGAGCUUCGAGAUCUGGAAAUCCGAGAAACUGGUGUUCCGUAGGAAGAGCGUGUGGAAAGUGAGGGACAAGAAGGGUAAGUCGCGGAUCAUCUCCGCAAAGAAAAAGAAGAAGAGGAAAUGCAGUGUCAGUGAUGAUGAAAUUGGAAGAAAGAACAAGAAGAUGAAGACUUCAAGCGCAAUUCCAAACAAUAAUCCGCAGAACCAAGAGGAAGACGUUUAUGAAGACCUGGAAAAUGAUAUCGACCGAGUUCAUGAGAGCAGAUUUUACCCUAGAAAUCAGGAAAAGAAGGCUCAUAAAGGGCACCCACAAGCAGGAAGAACGACCAACCACAAGGUCACGUCAGAGCCACUAAGAUUUGAUGGCUUUAAAAUCCCAACGGAACAAGUAAAAACCUAAGGACAAUGCGAAGCUUUUUGAGUUCAUGAGCCAAUUGGUACACUCCGAUAAGCAUGUGAAGAACAUGUAUAUUAUAUUGUCCUGUUUAUGACAUUGUUGUUUUUUAGUAUAUCCCCUUCUUGUUUCA